CCGCGGCCCGCCUGAUCAUGCGCGAUAAAUGCAUCGCCCAUACCUCUGGACCGUAUGGAAAGCUCGGAGGCGGCCGAUGUAGUCUCGAGCGUGUCUCUUGACUUCUGCCUUGACCACGCCUGCAACUACGACCCGAUCUACAGCGACAAAGGCACCCAACAUGGCGGCUACACCGACGAUGCACAAUGACUACAAGAAGACCUUUGACGAAGUCGGCUACGUUAUCAUCCCGGACCUGAUUCCCGCCGAGUCGCGCGCUGAGCUGGAGGCGGCAACGGAGAGGGUGGUGGCCAAGACGCGCUCGGGUGAAUGGCCGCAUCGGAGGGUGGUGGGGAAGCAAUUCCCUCCCUUCGACCUCGACAACCCCGAUUCCUGGGGCGUCCAGCAUGUCAUGCACCCCGACCUCGGCGAGCCCGCGUUCGCGCGAUGGUACACCUCCCCCGCGCUGCGCGCGAUCGCGGCCGAGCUCAUGGGAUGCACGGAUGAGCAGCUGCAGAUGGAGCUCUUCAACAUUCUGAUCAACCCCAUCUCGCAUGACUUCGCGCUGCGCUGGCACCGAGACGCCGUGGAUGGGACCGCGUCGGAGGAGGAAGAGGCCCGCAUCCUGAAGGUGGCCCAGUAUGGGAUUCAAUGGAACACCGCGCUAUACCGGGAUAGCUGUCUGUACGUCGUCCCCGGCUCGCACCGUGUCCUACGCACGCCCGAGCAGCGCGCGCACUCGACGGACAUCGAAGCCCCGAAGAACCCAUUGGAUAUGCCUGGCGCCAUCCGUGUGACCCUGAACCCCGGCGAGACUGUCUUUUACAACUCGAACAUCCUCCACUGCGCCGCCUACGACUCGCAGCAACGCCGCGCGACGCUGCACGCGUGUAUGGGGAACACCGCGGGCGGCGCCGCGCGCGCGAACAACAUCCUGCAGCACGGGCUGCUGUGGAUGAAGCAGCCGCGGUUCCGGGAGACGCUGGAUGAGACGGGGAAGGUGAUGCUGGAUAGGUUGAUCGAGAUGCAGGAGAGCGCGGGGGAGGAGAUCAAGUACUCGUUGAAGGGGUGAAGGGUCAAUUGCUUGGUCCAGGAGAGGAACCUUGGUCCAGGAAAGGAACCUUGGUCCAGGAAAGGAGCUUUGGUUCAGGAAAGGAACUUCGAGGGGCGAUGUGGUCUGCCUGGGGUUAUGA